CAUUCAUUCGAAAGGUUCACUUUUAGAAUUUGAUCAAACUUAGUUUUCUGAGAAAAGUCUAGUGACAAAAUGAUUGGUGUUUUAUUUGUGAUAACUAUUUUGAUAUUGUUCAUAUGGAAAGAUACUGAGAAACCACAAGGAUUCCCUCCUGGUCCAAAAUGGCUACCAAUAGUAGGAAGUAUCCCGCUUAUUCAGCAGUUGCAUCAGUUUUAUAAAUUCUACCACCUAGUGUGGCAGCAUUUCACUUCCUACUAUGGUCCUGUGGUAGGUUUCCGUAUUGGCCGUGACAAAUUAGUAGUUGUUUCGGGUCGUGAAGCCAUCAAGGAGCUAUACAGCCGCGAAGAAUUCAACGGUCGUCCUAAAGGAUUCUUCUUUCGAGUCCGCACAUUUGGAAAACGAGAAGGGGUUGUUUUCACAGAUGGACAUGACUGGGAAACGCUGAAACGUUUCUCCUUGAAGGCUAUGAAGCAACUCGGAAAUGGGCGAAGUGGAAUGAUUGCUCACAUUGAAAAAGAGGCAGCUGAAAUGGUAGAGUACUUUCGGUCUAAAGCUGACACCGAGUUACCUGUGGACAUGGGCCACGCUUUUGAUGUGCCUGUACUCAAUGUAAUGUGGGCACUACUAGCGGGGUAUCGUUUCCAUACAGAUGACGACAGACUAUUGAUGCUUUUGAGUAAAAUCCACGAUAGUUUCCGAGUUAUUGACAUGUCCGGUGGAAUUUUAAACCAGUUUCCUUUCAUUCGUCAUAUUUUCCCGGAGAAAAGCGGGUACCGAAAAUUAGUACAAACUCAUUUGCCAAUAUGGAACUUCCUUGUGGAAACAGUUGUUGAAAUUCGUGACAAAAUGGUUCCAAAUACUCCACCGAAAAGCAUAAUUGAAGCAUUUUUGAUAGAAAUCGAGAGCAAAAAUGCCAACAGUUCCGUUUAUAACUCUGAACAACUGUUGGCAAUUUGCCUGGAUUUCUUCCAAGCAGGGUCGGAAACUACAAGUAACACCCUCGGUUUUGGAAUCAUUUAUAUGCUUCACUAUCCAGAGAUUUUGAGGAAGGUGCGAGAAGAAAUCGACAUGGUGGUUAGUCGGUCGCGUACUCCCUGUUUAGCUGACCGACCUAACCUCCCCUACACCGAAGCUGUGAUAUAUGAGAUCCAAAGAUUCGCAAAUGUUGCACCCUUAGCUAUUGCCCAUCGGGCUUUAUCAACUACAAAGUUCUAUGACUACGUUAUUCCGGAAGACACCAUAGUCAUAGUCUCCACGUAUAGUUUGAAUAUGGAUAAAAGUUACUGGAAAGACCCACAUAAUUUUCGACCGGAACGAUUCCUGGAUGAAGAAGGAAGACUUGUGCAUUAUGAUGCAUUUAUCCCUUUCGGGUUAGGAAAAAGACGUUGUAUGGGGGAGAAUUUAGCAAGGUCCAGUUUGUUCUUAUUUUUUUCUUCAUUUGUUCAAAAUUUCGAUGUCAUUUUAUUCGAGGGUCAACCCCUUCCUGAUAUUGAAGGUCUAGAUGGAAUUACGCUGUCACCGAAACCAUACAAAGCUGUACUAAAAAUAAGGAAUUGA